AUGGAGGUCUACGUGGACGACAUGAUCGUCAAGAGCCGAGCAGGACCACAGCUCGUCCCCGACCUGAGGGAGAUCUUGAGCAUCCUCUGGGAGAGUCGGAUGCGGUUAAACCCGAAGAAGUGCACAUUCGGAGUUAGGUCGGGCCGGUUUCUCGGUUUCUUGGUCUCCCGAGAAGGGAUCCGGGCCAACCCCGAAAAACACCAGGCCAUCAUGGACAUGGCCCCUCCACGGAAUGUGAAGGAGGUCCAGCGGCUCACGGGAAGGAUGGCCGCCCUGAAUAGAUUCCUCUCUCGGUCCGCGGUGAGGGGGCUCCCUUUCUUCCGAAUCCUUAGGGCACCCAAAGACUUUCAGUGGACCGAGGAGUGCGAGAAGGCCUUCACCGACCUCAAAGCGUAUCUAGCCGAGCUGCCCACCCUGACCGCCCCGGAGUAG